AUGUUUCUGAACCCAAAGGCCAGGUUUGACGAGGGCGAAUCCGAAGAAGUUAAAGAAAUCAAGGACGAAAUUUGCAAAUUUGAAGCGGGUAAAGAUUAUUCCUAUUCUCCAAAUGGCAAAAUAGAAGAAGACGAAAAAAUACCCGAAAUACCUGAAAUUAUUAAACCGCUAAAAUAUCCCAAGCCAACCGGACUAAUUAAACCUAUCAAACCCAUUAAGCCGAUAAAGCCUAUAAGACCAAUCGAAGUUUACAACCGGGAAAUGCAACAAUAUAACCAAGAAGUAAAAAAAUAUGCGGAACAGUUUGUAGAAGAAUUUGCCAAAGAUACGAAAAAUCCUGUUAAGGAAAAAAACACGAACGACUUGGAAAAAGUUGAAAAUGAGAAAGAAAAAGAAAAAGGAAUCAUCCAUGAACUUCAAGGAACUCACCCCGGAGUAAUUGUUUCUAAUAAUCAACAGAAUUUAUUCAGUCCUUUAAUUACCAUUGUCCCUCUUACUUCCCAAUUAGAUAAGGUUUAUCCUUUUGAAGUAAUAACUUAUCUGAAUAAUCAAAAAGGUAAAGCCUUAGUUGACCAGAUUACUACGAUUGAUAAAAAACGACUAGGUAAUUAUCUUGGAGAGUUCGAUAAAAGAAUUAUGAAACAAAUGGAACAAGCUUUACAUUUAACUUUGUCUUUUGAAAAUUAA